AUAUUUAUCAGAGUAGUACGUCUAUUCACCGUAUCGAGUGGUACAUUUAUUCAUAUUAUUAUUCAGAAAAGUUUUUACUUAAAAAAUUGCAAUACCAACAACUUGUGUUGAACAAAAUAUCAAUGUUUUUCAAAAUAUUAUUUAUCUUAUUAAGUAUUAUAUUUAUAAAAUUAAAUGCAAUUAAAUAUCCGAAGGAUUUCGCUCCAAAUCUAUUGUCAGAAGACUACGCAAUAAACUUUGAUUUUAUCAUUGUCGGAGCUGGUAGUGCCGGUUCGAUAGUUGCUGCUCGUUUAAGUGAAAUAUGCGAAUGGAAUAUUUUACUAUUGGAAGCAGGCGGCGAUCCUCCAGAAUCAUCGGAAAUUCCACUCAAAUGGAGUUUGGCAUUGAAUACGGAAUACGAUUGGAAAUUUUUAACUGAAAAGGAAGAUAAUUUGUUCAAAGGCUUAGACGGAGAAGUAUGUCAUAUACCCAGAGGUCGUAUGUUGGGUGGCAGUUCGUCCUUGAACGUAAUGCUACACAUUCGUGGAACAAAGUUCGAUUUUGAUAAAUGGGAAACAAUGGGUUGCACUGAUUGGGAUUUCAAUUCUGUACUGCCGUAUUUUAUAAAAUCUGAAAAUUUUACCGACACGACUAGGUUUGAUCCAACAUUUCAUGGGAAGUGCGGGCCUCUCACUGUUAGUCCUUUCGAAUCUCCAGAUCCUGCUAUACAAACAAUAUCUCAAGCAGCAGAAUUAAUGGGCUUGACAAAUGUUAAAGAUUUGAAUAAAAUAGACCGCACAGUUGGAUACGCGAUGUCGGAUAGUACAACUCGGAAUGGAAUGCGGUGUAGUACACUGAAAGCUUUCUUAAUUCCCAAUAGCGGACGACCAAAUUUGUUCGUAGCCAAAUACAUCCGAGUCACCAAAAUUCUUAUCGAGAACAAAAAAGCGAUUGGCGUAGAGUUCGUAACAAAAACAGGUGAGUUCAAGACUGUUAAAUGUACGAAAGAAGUUAUACUAUGUGCCGGAGUAGUGAUGAGUUCUCAAAUACUUAUGUUCUCCGGGAUUGGACCAGCAGACCACUUGAAAGAGAUGUGCAUUGACGUGGUGACGGAUCUCCCCGUCGGCCAUAACUUUCAAGACCACAUUGCUUUUUUCGGACUUGUUCUUAGUGACCGUAAGGAUAGACCAAUUUCAAAAAUUGCGGAAGAAAGUACAAAACUUAGAAAGGAUACAUUUGAUUUAAUUUCCAAAGGUAUCAGUACAAUGGGGCUGACGGGACUUAUCAGUUUUGUCGACACGAAACGCGCGUCCGGAAACCCUGAUAUUGAAAUCAUGAAAAUAAGAUAUUCGUACAAUACGACCAAAACAUUAAACACUUUCAGGAAUAUGUUUGGAUUUUCCGACGAGAUGGCAAAUGUGUACAAUGAGUUGAACAUGAAGAGCGACAUAAUACUUAUGAUACCGAUUAGUAACCUAAUAACCAAAACAGGACGUAUUUUACUAAGAUCAAAAGACCCUUUGUCAAGCCCAAAAAUAAUUGCGAACUAUUUAUCCGAUCAGGAAGAAAUCGACACGAUGGUGAAAGGUAUUGAGUUUGUGGUUGAAAUGUGCAAGAAAAAACCAAUGACUGAUGCGGGUUAUAUAUUUGAGGAAAUAGUGUUUCCGAAUUGCGAGGCAAAUUGCAAGUGGGGCACCACAGACUACUGGAAAUGUGCUAUUAAAAAUGUAGCCACCUCAAUUUUCCACUCAGUUGGUACCAACAAGAUGGGUGCUAUUAGUGAUAAAACUGCAGUGGUCGAUCCUUUUUUAAAAGUAAUUGGCAUUGAUUGCCUUAGAGUGAUUGACUCUUCGACGAUGCCAGCAUUAGUGUCUUGCAACACUAACGCCGCCACAAUGAUGAUAGCUGAAAAAGGAUCUGAUAUAAUUAAAAAGCAGUAUGGGAAAUGAUGUUAUAUAACUUUCGAAAUGUUAUUUAUCAUAUUUUAUGAGUUUUUAAGUAAUAUCAAUUCAAGGAAUAUGCUCGAUUUACAAAGCAAAGGAACAGUGCGCUUAAUUAUUUGUUACUAGUAACAAAUUAUAAUAUUAACCUGAUUGUAAUUUAUUAAUAUUAUUAUUAUUUUAAUUUUAAAUCGUUAUUUAGAUUCAUUAUUAAAUUAAUGCUACUUGAUUGGAAAUGUAUCAUUUUUUUUUUUAAUUUUUAAUUUUACCUCAAAAUUAAAAGCAUUAUUGUUAAUAUAGUA